AUGGAAAUGUUACUUCAACUUGUCGUCCUCUCUUUGUUAUCGACAUCUGUUGCAGGUUGGCAGAUCGAUUGGAAGAUCGGGGAAAACGGUCUUGUUAUGUGGGAUCAAAACUGUGACUUUACUUGGUUUGACAUCGGUGAAAAGCCAAGUUUGGCUGAACAAUGUGGAGGCGUAUGCAUCGCUAACAAGCAUUGCACUCACUUUACUUGGACUGAAGGACGCUGUUUGAUGAAAAGAAAUCCUGAUGGAAUAAGCGUAUAUGAAGCUAGAGGAGCAGUUUGCGGUUAUGUUACGGAACGGAUAAAUUGGGGAAAAUAA